AUGCCUCGAGAGGACUUGCGGCUCCUGGUGAAGCAGGAACGGAACCUGAGGAGCUUAAUGGACAGCAUGCAAGAGUUUUUGAACGAAUACCAAGCGGAACGAGAUUACAUAUCUUUGAAGUAUCGGAUGCAGAAACUGGAUGAGGUGUACGACAAGUUCAUUCGAGUGCGAGAAAACAUUGAGGUGAUCACCGACGAUGUGGAAAUGGAUGUUGGAUUGGAAGGCGACGAUGAGCAGUCAGCUCUCGAACGUGCGAUGCGAAUCAGCGAGCGCGAAGAGGUCAAUAUGCGCAUCAUCAAGGAUUUUGAGAACCGUUUUUUUGAAAUAAAGCAUAGUUUGGGAGUGCUUGAAGCAGCCGAAAGUCGUUCCUGUACCAGUGUUCAAACUGUCAAACCAUCAACAGCGGUUGAUUCAAUGCCAAGAAUUAAGCUCCCCGAAUUGAAACUACCGACAUUUAGCGGAAAGUUGCAGGACUGGAUCACUUUUCGUGAUACAUUCACCAGCAUGAUCCACAACAAUGCGCAUCUAUCCGAUAUUGACAAGUUUACCUAUCUGCGAACGUCGUUGACAGAUGAUGCAUUAAUCGAAAUAGGAUCCAUCGAAUUGACAUCGGCUAACUACACCAUAGCCUGGCGAACACUCGAAAACACUUUCGAAAACAGAAAGCUGCUUGUGAAGUCAUAUCUCGACGUAUUGUUUGCUGUCAGUCCUAUGAGUGAAGAAUCUUAUGAUCAGCUUAAUAGAGUGGUAAAGGAUUUUGAGACAACGUUAAUGAUGCUUCAAAAGGUCGGUGUUGAAACUGAUGGGAUGUCAACCAUUCUUCAGCAUAUGGUGUGUCAACGUCUGGAUGCUGCUACUCUACAACGCUGGGAAUCUUACCACAACUCUAAGGAGGUUCCAUCGUAUAGGCAAUUGAUGGAAUUUUUGAAGUCAAGAUGUCUGGUACUUCAUAACAUCUCGCUAGUUCACUCUGUUCAAGGGGAAGUGAAGAGGCAGUCUCGUUUUCCAGCAGUAGGUCAUCCCGGUAUACAACAGAAGGUAACGUGUCCUUUCUGUGGUGAAUCUAUGCAUUCCGUGUUCAAAUGUAUGAAGUUCGUGAAGAUGAAAGUGUCCGAUCGUGUAGAAGUGGUGAAGAAAAGAUCAUUGUGCCUGAAUUGUCUUUCGUCAGGCCACAUUGCGAGAUAUUGUUUGAAAGGGUCCUGUCAAAAUUGUGGAAGACGUCAUCACACCCUCCUGCAUGCAGGCCCUCCGGUAUCGCAGUUCAAUUCAGAACAGUUACGAGUUCCCCAGCAAUCUAAUAACCAGACAGAUCUAACGCACAUCCCCAACCCGAGCAUGAAUAACCUCCCAUCCUCAAGUACCACAGAUAAUCCUUCUACUAGCCACAGUUCU